AGGUGACGAUUUCUCUGUGUUGCGGUUUCCAGUCGAGAGAUUUUUGAGUAACCGGCCAACGAAAGUUGCUCUGUUAGCUGCCGCUUCAACUCAGCGUAGAUUUGGACUGGGUCCUGUAGAUGAGAUGCCCGUGCAAAGUUGCGGGGCGCAUCCUAUGGCGCGCAUCUACAGCCCAGAAGAGGUCGUUCGUCGGAUGAAGCUUGACGAGCCUCCUUGUUUUGGUCCCAUAGAUGAUUCCAUCAAGGAACACAACAUGUUUGUGACUGAACACAAGGAACUGAUGAGCAAAGUGGGCGAAGAUAUGAAAAGCAGACCGCACAAGAGCCUACGCCUAGCCUUCAUACAAUGGAAUGCGCUCAUGGUCAAGCCCAACACUUUCCAGUUGCUUGCCCCUUUUCUCAACGAAGAAAAGGGUUUUAAGGCCGACGAAGUGGACGUCGUAACAAUAGUGCUGCAGGAAAACAUGAAGCUGGACUCCCGCAGGGAAAAAUCGUUCUUGACAAAUCUCCAGUUUGUGCUGAACCUCCUUAGCACCACUGCUAAUUGGGGUUAUCCAUCGAUUGCCUACCUUGGCAACAUCAGAGGAACACAAGCUAAGACUAUUUUAACUCCAAAUACACAAACCCUUAUUUACGUAAUGCGGGAAACUCAUCAGCCUACGCACGUAUGCAACGCAGAACAAUCUAUCCAUGGGGGGGAAAAGGGGUUCAUAGGCGCCGUUUUUGAUUUUCCUAGCAUGGGCAAGCUCGCCGUUGUGGGAGCUCACCUGAAGGGAUGGAAGGCAAAGCAAUUUGAGCAUAUCUUUCCGGAUCUCCUAAAGAAUUGUGGGAGCCCCGAACUGGGACUUGACUCUUUCCCUCUGGGAGUCGUAUUUGGGGCAGAUUUCAACGAGCAUUUGCACUCUGAGUCACUAUCGCACCUUUACAAGACUGCCCUCGAGGACACAUCACAGUACCCGGCAUUUGCAAGAGUGCAGGCGGCUUCCGCUGAUGAGCCGGACAAUAUCAAGAUGACGAAGUUGCUAACGGAGGCUCUGACUGAGCCGCUGGACAUCAUUGAUAGCACAUAUGAACCCCUACUUUGGGUGGUCUGUGAGGACCGACUGGUAGCAUGA